AUGGCAAUCACUAGCUAUACCCAAGAAUUUACUGCCUCCAUUGCCCCUUCUAAGAUGUUCAAAGCUCUUAAAAUUGAUUCACACAAUCUCAUUCCCAAGAUCACUCCCCAGUAUAUCAAGAGCAUUGAGUCUGUCAAAGGCGAUGGAGGUGUCAUAAGCAUUAAGCAGACCAACUUUGCUGAAAGGGGGCACUUGAAGUAUUUGAAGCACAGGUUCGAUUCUCUUGAUACUAGCAACUUCUUGUGCAAGUAUACUCUAAUCGAGGGUGAUGCGAUCUUCGACAAGAUCGAGUCAGUCAUCUACGAGAUCAUUUACGAAGUUAAGUUUGAAGCUUCAAGUAAUGGAGGGUGUGUUUAUAAGAUGACUAGCGAAUACCACACCAAAGCAGGCGUUGAGCUUAAAGAAGAGCACGUCAAGCAAGGCAAAGUCAAGGCCGUAGGAUUUGUGACAUCCUGA